CGAGUUCCGGAAUCCGGCCGGAAGUCGGGGAGCGAGGAGUGUCCUAGGGCCGAGAGCGGGCCGGGCGGGCCGGCCGAGGAGCCGGGACUCAGCCGCCGCCGCCGCCAUGGUGUUCUACUUCACCUCCAGCGUUGUUCCCGCCGUUUACAGCAUUUACAUGGGAAAAGAUAAAUAUGAAAAUGAAGACCUGAUAAAAUAUGGCUGGCCUGAAGAUAUUUGGUUUCAUGUGGACAAGCUCUCGUCUGCACACGUGUACCUCCGACUGCACAAGGGGCAGACAGUGGAUGAUAUUCCCAAAGAAGUUUUGAUAGACUGCGCCCAUCUAGUGAAGGCCAAUAGCAUUCAAGGCUGCAAAAUGAACAACAUCAAUGUGGUGUACACACCAUGGACCAACCUGAAGAAAACGGCUGACAUGGACGUGGGACAGAUAGGGUUUCACAGACAAAAGGAUGUGAGAACAGUGACAGUGGAGAAGAAGGUGAAUGAGAUACUGAACAGGCUAGAGAAGACCAAAGUGGAGCGGUACCCCGACCUGGCCGCUGAGAAGGAAGCCCGGGACAGAGAGGAGAGGAAUGAGAAAAAAGCCCAGAUCCAAGAGAUGAAACGGAAAGAGAAGGAGGAAAUGAAGAAAAAGAAAGAAAUGGAAGAUCUCAGGAGCUACUCUUCACUAAUGAAGUCUGAGAACAUGUCUUCCAACCAGGAUGGCAAUGAUUCGGAUGACUUCAUGUGAAUUGGGCACGCUCUCCUUUCUGAAUCGUGAGAUGGAGUGCCACAUCUGAAUUUUUCACCCUCAAUAAGAUUCCAAAAAACCAAAUGCUGACUUCAGUUUCACACCCUGUUUGAACCUUCACUGGCAAUAUCGGACCAGAUCUGUGCCAUGUAUCUCCUAAAGACAGUACCUUAACUCUGUGUGUGUGUGUGUGUGUGUGUGUGUGUGUGUGUGUGUGUGUGUGUGU